CCAUACUAUGAAACUUGGAGCACCACAAAAAUUGGACAUCCCAGAUUCUACUGUCAUCUAUUGAUCCAAAAAAUCACAAGUCAUUUUAGCGUAUGCUUCCUCAUCCAAACAGAUGAGAUACUUCCACCAUCCAAUAUAAAUAGCCCACACCAAACACUCUCCUGGACCAGAACACACACUAUUAAAGCAUUCACCCACUUCUCCAGUCUCCUCACUCAUCACCACCACUGCUAAUCUGAAUAAGAAUUUCUUCGACCUGUGUAAAAGGUUUCUUGAUUGUUGAUUUGUUUAUUUCAAGGAAGAAAGAAAAUGGGGCAUAGUUUGUUGGAAGCGUUGAAUGUGCGAGUGGUGGGCUCCGGCGAGAGGAUUUUGGUCCUCGCCCAUGGCUUCGGCACCGACCAAUCGGCGUGGCAGCGCAUUCUGCCGUUUUUUGUCCGCGACCACCGUGUUGUUCUUUAUGACCUGGUCUGCGCCGGCAGUGUCAACCCUGAUUACUUCGAUUUCCGCCGCUACACCUCCCUCGACGCCUAUGUGGACGACCUCCUCCACAUACUCGACGCCCUCCGCAUCGAGCGCUGCACCUACGUAGGACACUCUGUCUCCGCCACGAUCGGGAUUCUCGCCUCCAUUCGCCGCCCUGAGCUCUUCACUAAGCUCAUCCUCAUCGGCGCCUCUCCGAGGUUCUUGAACGACAAGAAUUACCACGGGGGAUUCGAGCAGGGUGAGAUCGAGAAAGUUUUCUCAGCAAUGGAGGCGAACUACGAGGCGUGGGUGAACGGAUUCGCGCCGCUGGCUGUGGGGGCGGACGUGCCGGAUGCGGUUCGGGAAUUCAGCCGGACGCUGUUCAACAUGAGGCCAGACAUAACGCUGUUCGUGUCCCGGACGGUGUUCAACAGCGACCUGAGAGGGGUGCUAGGACUGGUCAGAGUGCCAUGCUCCAUCAUUCAGACGGCAAGGGACGUGUCGGUGCCAGCGUCGGUUGCGGAUUACCUCAAGAACCACCUGGGGGGGCGGAGCACGGUUCACAUGUUGGACAUAGAAGGGCACCUCCCCCAUCUCUCCGCCCCCAACCUGCUGGCACGAGAGCUACGGCGAGCGUUACCCCGAUGACGACGAAGAAAGCAAGAAGAGUUGGGUCACACGAAAAAAAUGGCGAAUAAUGGAGUUGGACACGUGGCGAAUACUAGUGGACUAAUUCUCCUAUGAAGUGUGAUUUUUCGUUUUUCUCUUUGUAAGAAGAGGAUAAGAAUACCCACGUGAGUGUCACGUGUUGACGUAUCCAUUUUGUCUUCUGGCUUUUCUUUUUCUUUUCUAAUUUAUUUUCUCUGGUAGGUUUAGUAGGAAGAAGAAUGUGGGAGGUUAUAUUUGACUCUGAGGCGUGUUUGGAUGCGGAUCAAAUUUUUUAUUGCAAUCUAUCUGUUCUUCCCUU